AUGUCUCUAACACAUAAAAUGUUUGCAUGCUUUGUGCUCAUCGUUGUGCUAGCGGUGUUCGCACGAGCCAUUCCUGUUCCGGUGCCCGAAGAAGCGCAACCAGCCGAGUACAGACAGUUUGUGUCAGCCCAGGUUAUGGAGUCCUUGGACGAACCGGCAGUGUUGUCCGUACAUCGAGAUGUGCAAGUCGACCCCGCGGUGGUCAGGCCCAUUCGGUCGGCCAGUCCGUUCUUCGGCAUCUUAACCGGUUACGAAAAGCCGUACAAGUCCCAGAAACACCAUCACAACUAUCACCAGGAAGAGCAUGAGUACCAGCCAGAGUACCAUCAUAGGCCCGAGCACGAGCCAGAGUACCAUCACAGGACCGAGCACCAUCAUAGGCCACAAUACCAUAAGCCACAACACCACCAGCAGCAGCGGCCACAACAACAGCACGGGGGUGGCGGUGCGGGAAGUUACGCUUCGGCGGGAAGUUUUUCGGGCGGCCAAGGUGGCGGUCACAGCCAGAGCGGGGCCCACAGCCAGUCCGCUAGUUUCGGAUUCGGUCCGUUCCAGGCCAGUUAUUCGGCUAGUGCGGCGCAAUCGGGCAGCCAUUCCGGCGGAGGAUAUUCAGACUAUUGA